GUGAUCUCAUCAAGUAUCAGUGACGUCAUGCGAGGUUAUUUGGACAUGCUGAGCUGAUUGUUAGUAUUGUUUUCAAUCCUUGGCGCAGUAUGAGACCUUGAACUUCGAGCCUCUAUUGUUUUGUGACGUCAUUUUGCGCAUGAGUUCUUUUCCUUCCUUGGCUUUGGUAUCAUGAAUCUGGUGGAUGCCAGUUGAGGUGGUGAUUUUACGCUUCACCUGCUCUAUAAGUAUUUUGAUGCGCCUUUAACGCCUUUAUUAUGUAUCCGUUCACAUGAAAGACCAGUUUGGGAUAUAUUUAACGCUAAUCCGUUCUCACCGUAGAAUAGACACCGGUCGGGAACUCCUCCUUUAUAUUGGAAAAGUUAAAGGCUUCGGUGAGAUCGAUUAGGCACGACGAUUGAAAUAUCCUACAUUUACCAGCAUCCUGAAUACCAAAGAUGAAAAUAACACGUAAACCAUGUUGACAAGAUAAUACAGAACGUCACUUCGUAGGAUGGACAUUUCAUUUUGAUGCUGCUGCAAUAUUUACCAAGUUUGCGCAAUGACGUAACGUUGCUGGAUACGAUUUAAAUGGCUCGUUUAUAUAUCAUUUAUUGAAAUAAAAUUAGUUAUGCACAUGCAUUCCUGACGUGGUUCAACUCUAUUGUGUUAUAUCCUCGACCGAUGUCUCAUUUCGAUUAAUCGUGUUUGAAAAUUAUUGCGAGGCCUGUAUAUAUUAAUGAUAGCUCCGGUUUACGUGUAUUUGAUUGGACAUGUUGUAAAGCAUAAAAAGCGAGAUCGAAAGUGACUAUCUAUUCAGGAAGACAGUGAUCACAUAAUAUUGGCCAGAUCUUCUGCAUUUCGUCAAUUACAAAUCGAAUUCACUUAAACGGUCGACAGAGAAAGGUACUUUUGGGCUCACUGCUUCCGAUUCCGUCAUCCGUUGAAAAAGGUAACCGGGUCCAGAUGAGUUACGUAAUUUGUCUUUUAUCUUUUGUCAUCGGUCUGCUACGCUGCAAUGCACAAGAAACGUCUCACCUCCGUCUUGUUGGUGGCGCAUUUCCCAGCGAAGGCCGCGUCGAGGUCAAUCUUGGCGAUGGCAGAGGUUGGGGCACGAUCUGCGAUAAUGGCUGGGACUAUCAUGACGCUGCGGUCGUAUGCAAACAAAUCGGUUAUCCGGCAGCGACUUUCUCUACCCCUGGUGCCCGGUUCGGCGGUAAUCCGGAUCUGCCAGUUCUACUCGAAAAUGUUGUAUGCACUUCGUCCCAUUCUACGAUAGACGAAUGCCCGUCAGCUGCUCCUUCAUUUUCGUGUGAUCAUGCAAAUGAUGCAGGUGUGAAGUGCAUGUUUCCCAGUUUCCUCGGUUGCUUCUCCAUACUCACCAUCGGAUCACGAGCGAGGACUAUCCUUGAGAACUCGAACGAUGCCUGCAUAGCCCAUUGCAAGGCCCUAGACUACCGCUAUGCUGGGAUGUCGGGAUCAUCAUGCAGAUGCGGAAACAUCGAACGGUUUUAUUUCUUCAACCAGUACCCCGAUUUCUACUGCAAUACAAACUGCAGAGGAGAUACUACGCAGCUCUGCGGAAAUCCUACAAAUUCGCACUUUUCCGUGUUUGACACCACCCUUGGUGUAUGCGAAGAUCCAGGUGUUCCUCAAAACGGCAACCGAACAGGAGACGGCUUCGAGUUUGGAACAACGGUGGAAUUCUCGUGCCAUGGAGAUCACGUUCUCAUGGGACAUCCCGUCUUGCAAUGCGUGCUAGGGAAUUCCCCUCAUGACGUCAAAUGGAAUGGAACCUUACCAGAAUGCGUUAAAUCAGCUGUGACAUUACCCGGUUCAGAUAAAAUGGAUACCACUACUACCGUACCUGACGUCACAAUCGCUCCGAUGACGUCAUCUGAGGUUCCCACAGCUCGUCAGAAUGGCCAGUCAUUGUCAUCAGGAGCAAUAGCAGGAAUUGCGGUAGUUCUUAUUAUGACCAUUCUCGCGUUUAUCGUCUUAGCUGUGUUGUAUGGCUUGAAAAGGAAACGAAAGGCAAAAGAAAGGGCUUCGGAAUUCAAUCCAGAUUCGUUAAACCAAAAAUCGGACUCGACAGAAAAUGUCUAUGAGAUCGAAGAAUCAAACAUGAUAGAAGAUGAAACUGAGCUGGCGCCCUCUACGACAAACGGUCAUGCGGUUGUCCCAGGGAACGUUGAAAGAAACAUUGACAGCAGAUUACCUCCAAGAGCGCUACCAAGUAUACACCUGUAUGCAGACGUUACACUUCCUCGUGAGGAUGUCAUCAGUCCAACAUCGGAUUAUGGCACGAUGGAUGACGUUGUCGACGACAACGAAGUGUCACCAUCACUGGUUCGAGGUGAAAACCUUGAAACUGAACAGCAUGACGGGGACAGAAGCUUUUAUUUUGUUCUUGAAAACGCUGUUCCGAAUGAUCUUAUUGAUAAGCGCGAAUGUCCGCCGCAAAAACCCCAAGCCAAGCCUCGAGCUCCAACGGGACGAUUUGCCAAGAAACCUCCCCGCGCUGCCCCGAGGAAUGUAAAAAUCAAGGCGAAUCAUGUUGCUUCGGCAACGAAUGUUCCCAAAGAAAGUUCCAAAUUCGGACGUGUUGAAGGCCAAUCUGUUGGUGGCAGCGGCUGUGCAAGAGUUGAGGACCGGGAGGGCAAGAUCGCUGCACCAGACCCGCAUAGGACAACCUCUCAGAGUGAGCCACAGUGUUCAGAGACUCCUAAAUAUGCCAACAGCGAGUUUCAAGAAAUGCGAAAGAACCUCGUCGAAAAUACCCUGUACAAACCAUUAGAGGAAGAACUGACCGAAUCAACUGGGAGCAAACAAAAGCUGACCGUGCCAAAUCUAAAGACACGGCUCAGGAACAAUUCGGAGUCUGAAGCGACACCUAAGUCUCCCGCGUAUGCGAACUAUGAACCAAAAAGACGGAGGUCGACGGGUGAGCCAAACGGAAGAUCACCGAGCUUCGAACACGACGACGGAUCGUUAUCAGUUCAAAGCUCGUUUUACAUCAAUGCUGAAUUUCAUUCAGCAUGUGAAGUGCCAGAAAAUAUGAUAGAAAAUCCGCUUUACAAGCCAUGCACCCCUGGGCUUAUUGACAGUUUGGCUAAAGACAAUUCUUAAGAUCCAAUAGUCGAAUAGGGGCGAGGUAAAUAGCCCUGGAAUGGCCGUUUCCUAAAUGGCAGAUCAUAGUUCCCCUGUUUAUUUCAUCCAUCAUUUAGUUCUGCUCGAAAAACAGUGACAAAGACUGCGUUUUGAAAAGUUGUUUAGAGAGAUUUAAGUCUUGAGCAAUGGUAUUGCUUAAAGAGAAAAUUUCAGCCUAACGAAGAGUUGGUUGUAAAAAAAAUUGUUUGUGCUUCACCCUCUCCUCAAAUCUGAAUGUCAAUUAGACCCGCUUUCAAAUAAAAGUGAAUAACAAAUGAUUCAUAUUACUAUUCUCUCUCAAAUUCGAUGACAUGUCCAACCUUAAUUUCUACAGCCCUUGCCGUCUUCGGAGCUAUCCAGCCCCUGGGGGAGUUAAAUCUACAGGCUUUGAAGGUUGAUAAUUACUGAUAAUGAUAGAUCAUGAUGAUGAUGAAGAUAACAGAGACGAUAAUAAUGAUGAUGAUAAUAAUAAUAAAAGCAACAAUAAUGUGAUGUCGAAGAAUAUGUCAUUUGUAACCACCAACUUGAUUUACAAUGCUACCGGAAAUGUCACAUUUUCUUUCCCAUGCCUUUUGCUGUUUUGGGGAGGGAUGCAAAAGUUGACCCGGCUAAGUAUUUAAAAAAUAGCGCAAUGGUAUGAAUACAAGUACACAAAAAUACUCUUGUUUUCAGUGCAAUAACAAGAAGCCGUGAGUAAUAACACGACACAACUUAUGACAAUUCGGAUGUUAUUUCUAAUGAGUAUGCAGUGCACCUUUUGACAAGCCAGACAGGUCAGUCUAACUGUUGCUAUAGGAUAUCGAGUGAAACUCGAAUCAGACAUGAUAUCAUUUCGGCGGUAGUUUUAGCCCGGAGUUUUAGGGGCGAGUCUGAGUGUUUACCUGGGGUUGAAUCAUUUUGUGUACAAUAAUGAUUGUCAUCUUCAUGAUGAUUAUAGCAGGUGAAUGCUAAUAAAACAUUUCAUGGUUAUUUGCAUCGUA